AUGGCGUCGAGCAGUACGAGCAGUGAGGAGGAGAGGAGUCUGAGGGAGUGUGAGCUCUACGUGCAGAAACACAACAUCCAGCAGCUGCUGAAGGACUGCAUCGUCCAGCUGUGUACCUCCAGGCCAGACAGACCCAUGGCAUUCCUCAGAGAGUAUUUUGAGAGGCUGGAGAAGGUGAGUCUGGGCGGGUAGGGUGGUGUGUGUGUGUGCGUGCGUGUGUGUAUGCGUACCGUCUAGCUGUGUACCUCCAUUCUUGACUGACCCAUGACCUUCCAUGAAACUAGUUUUAUCAUUGUAGUGCCUUUUAUAUUGUAAAGUGUUCCCCUGGCAGCUAAUUGGAUGUUUGUGACCUGUGACCCGUGCAGGAGGAGGCCAAGCAGAUCCUGAACCAGCAGAAGGCCAGCAGCCGUUCUGACUCCCGGGAUGAGGAGGUGUCUCCUCCUAUGAACCCUGUUGUCAAGGGUCGCCGGCGGAGAGGAGCCAUCAGCGCUGAGGUCUACACAGAGGAGGACGCUGCUUCCUAUGUCAGAAAGGUGAGGACACACACAUAAAAAAAAAAAAAAAAAAAGUAAAUCACCUUGAAACACAUGGCUCUACUAAAACAACAAAGCAUCAGACAAAACAGUCAGUUAGACAAUCCCACAAAACAAUGUCCUCUACUUACAGUCAUAUCUAUGGGCUGGCUGGAGAUAUUGUGAAUACCUAGGGUGAAGUGCCUAAUCUUGGAUGCGUUUUGUUUUCAAGGUCAUUCCUAAAGACUACAAAACAAUGGCUGCCCUGGCUAAAGCUAUCGAAAAGAAUGUGCUUUUCUCUCACUUGGAUGACAAUGAGAGGAGGUAUGUUGUUAACAGGCUAUGAUUUGUCUGUAAAGUUUGGUUGUCAAUGUGAGUUUAUCAAUCCCACUGAUCAAGCCACAAACUUGAAACUUUUUCAAAAACGUAACAAACACAAUCUUUAUUCACAGUGACAUCUUUGACGCCAUGUUUUCAGUUACCUACAUCGCUGGAGAGACUAUCAUUAUACAAGGUACUGUAGGCUGGGAUUUUCCUUUAGAUUCAGUAGAAAUUCAAUUAGACCUGAAUGCCUUUUUAUUCCAGAGAAAAUAUGAACAAUAUCCUCUCUUCCCCGUCAGGUGAUGAGGGGGAUAAUUUCUACGUCAUCGACCAAGGAGAGACGGAUGUACGUCUCUUUGAUGUAUUUUAGGAACCAACAACAACUAUUUUUGACUCUUGUGUUACACACACACACACACACAAGCUUGUCUUGAUUUUUUCCUCCUGAAUAUGACAGGCUUAUUUUUGCAACUCUCUUUUUAGACCGUUUAUAUCUUAUUUUUUGUCAUCUGUUACUUCCCUAUUCAGAUUCCUAUUAUCUGAUACCUUAGCAAUGCCUACUCUCAUAGAAAUAGGAUUCUAAUUAGAUGGCUAAACCUUCAUUAUUUCUACACAAUAUAAGAAACAACAUGCACGUAGACAGAAACAACAACAUCUAAUAGAGACAGUAACACACUGACCUUACCUGGUCUUAAUGUCUAAACACCCCCUCCCUUCCUGCCAGGUGUAUGUCAACAAUGAGUGGGUGACCAAUAUCGGGGAGGGGGGCAGCUUUGGAGAGUUGGCCCUGAUCUACGGGACCCCGAGGGCUGCCACCGUCCGAGCCAAGAGCAACGUCAAACUGUGGGGCAUCGACAGAGACAGCUACAGGAGGAUACUCAUGGUGAGCCCUGCUCUGCUCUGCCACUUCCAUCUGACUGACAUGAUUUGUUGAGUUACCUUCAAUAAUUUUGGAGUGAUUAACGAUGAGUAGGGACAGGUGGAAUUGCUAUGAUUUUUGUAACUGCUGGAUUUUAUGAAUUGAAUAUACAGACAACCCAAUGUUCCCUCUAAGCUGUGCGCGUUUGCAGUACCCCCAGGACGUGCCGCGCAGUACCCCCAGGACGUGCCGCGCAGUACCCCCAGGACGUGCCGCGCAUCUCCCCCAGGACUGCCGUGCAGAAAUAUCAGCCCACAGAGAGAAGCACGAGAUUGAACUUCACUCAACUUUUUAGAGCAGUGGUCACGUCGAUCUCCAAGGCAUUCCUAGUCGAACACCAAACAUUUCUGUAAAAAACACAACAAGCCUUGUUCCUAUAUAUUUUUUUAUUAGUCUUGGGCUGUUGGCGGUAGGUGCACCCGAUUCAGCUGUCCUGCGCGCAGGGUAGGCGAACUGUUGCCAUUUUGAACCAUUUCAUGUGUCUGAAGGUACAAACUCUUUCUUCACGGUGGGCCCAGAGAGUAAAUCAAGUGCACUAUAGGCCUACCGCUGGCCAAUCAGAUGGCUCAGAUGACCGUGUCUGCAGUAACGUAGCAGGCAUAAAAGAAAGCCACAGCAAAGUUGAUACUGUGAGAUUUCAAAAUGUUUAAAACCAUGACUAGAGAGAGACUGUGGUCUAAGGCACUGCAUCGCAGUGCUAGCUGUGCCACUAGAGAUCCUGGUUCGAAUCCAGGCUCUGUCGUAGCCGGCCGCGACCGGGAGACCCAUGGGGCGGCGCACAAUUGGCUCAGCGUCGUCCAGGGUAGGGGAGGGAAUGGCCGGCAGGGAUGUAGCUCAGUUGGUAGAGCAUGGCGUUUGCAACGCCAGGGUUGUGGGUUUGAUUCCCACGGGGGGCCAGAAUGAAAAAUACAAAAAAUAAUGUAUGCACUCAUUAACUGUAAGUCGCUCUGGAUAAGAGCGUCUGCUAAAUGACAAAAAAUGUAAAUGUAAUGAAUACAGCAAAGAGAUGCUGUUUUUGAGUGAGUUCAUGUUUGUUCUUACUCAGCACUGUCAACACUUUGUAUUCAACACUUUUUUAUAAGCCAUAAAAUGCGCUUUCUUCCCAUUUCCACUCAGCGCUACAACAAGCAGUGCAGCAGUAAUGAAUGAGUAGGAAAGUGGAUAUAUAGACUUGCGUCGUUAUUAUUAGCGGCUUGGGUCUUUUUUAAAUAAUGUAAUAAUUCACUUUUCUCAUAGGAGUAACAACAUGAAUUGUGCAUAAGGCAGAAAUAAUGUGGUGCGACUCGAGUUUGCCAUCAGCUGGAAGACGGUGUCGCUUUUUGGUCAGUGUCAGUGGAGGAACGGGAGAGUAGAGGGAUGUUGAGAGGCGGACCCUCAAUCUGCUGCUCUCUCCCUCCGCUGAGACUGACCAUCAGAUGCAGGCACCAUCAGCCCAGUAAAAUAAAAAGCAAAUUAUUUAAAUGUAUGCUCACUCAGCUGUGCCUCACAAGUAUCACAUUUUGAAAUAUAAUUUUAAAAAAUGGCCUGAACAACAAUGCAUUGGCAAGGCAAUUCAAGCAAAGCAAAUAUGCGGUGAUAAUGUAUUGGGCCUAUAGCUUACUGCACAAACCUCAUUGCUACAGAACUGUUUUUAAUUGGUUAAUGUUGCAUAGGCUUAUGUUUUUUUAAGUAGUGUACGGACUCAGCCCGUACUUUACACAGACCGGUGUGGCAUAACCAAUCAGAGCUGCAGUAGGCCUAUAUGCAAAUAGACCAUUGCCGUAUAUGGAUCUGUGCCAUUUACUUUGAACUGGACUGUGUUUACAGCAUGAGCGGUCGUGAGUAGAUGCGCUUGUUUUGAGAUCAAAGCGAGAAUUUGUAAAGUGGUUUCUUGCAUCAAACACAACAGCAUUUUCAGUCACCUCAUUGUCUGAAGGACAAGUGGAUAAACAGGUUAAUGUCAAGCCCUGCAUGUUUUUUUCAAAAGUCAUGGAAUGUAGGCCUACAUUGAACACCACACAUUGGCUGCUACUGUAGCCUGAAUGAAAGAACCACUACACUACUGGUCAAAAGUUUUAGAACACCUACUCAUUCAAGGGUUUUUCUUUAUUUUUUAUUAUUUUCUACAUUGUAGAAUAAUAGUGAAGACAUCAACACUAUGAAAUAACACAAGGAAUCAUGUAGUAACUAAAAAAUUGUUAAACAAAUCAAAAUAUACAUUAUAUUUGAGAUUCUUCAAAUAGCCACCCUUUGCCUUGAUGACAGCUUUGCACACUCUUGGCAUUCUCUCAACCAGCUUCACCUGGAAUGCUUUUCGAACAGUCUUGAAGGAGUUCCCACAUGCUGAGCACUUGUUGGCUGCUUUUCCUUCACUCUGCAGUCCGACUCAUCCCAAACCAUCUCAAUUUGGUUGAGGUCCGGAGAUUGUGGAGGCCAGGUCAUCUGAUGCAGCACUCCAUCACUCUCCUUCUUGGUAUAAUAGCCCUUACACAGCCUGGAGGUGUGUUGGAUCAUUGUCCUGUUGAAAAACAAAUUAUAGUCCCACUAAGCCCAAACCAGAUGGGAUGGCGUAAAUAAAUAAAUCAGACAGCGUCCCCAGCAAAGCACCCCCACACCAUAACACCUCCUCCAUGCUUUACGGUGGGAAAUACACAUGCAGAGAUCAUCCGUUAACCAACACCGCGUCUCACAAAGACACGGCGGUUGGAACCAAAAAUCUCAAAUUUGGACUCCAGAACAAAGGACACAUUUCCACCGGUCUAAUGUCCAUUGCUCGUGUUUCUUGGCCCAAGCAAGUCUCUUCUUAUUGGUGUCCUUCAGUAGUGGUUUCUUUGCAGCAAUUCGACCAUGAAGGCCUGAUUCACACCUGUUAAUUGAAAUGCAUUCCAGGUGACUACAUCAUGAAGCUGGUUGAAAGAAUGCAAAGAGUGUGCAAAGCUGUCAUCAAGGCAAAGGGUGGCUAUUUGAAGAAUCUCAAAUAUAAAAUAUAUUUUGAUUUGUUUAACACUUUUUUUGGUUACUACAUGAUUCCAUAUGUGUUAUUUCAUAGUUUUGAUGUCUUCACUAUUAUUAUACAAUGUAGAAAAUAGUGAAAAUAAAGAAAAACCCUUGAAUGAGUAGGUGUUCUAAAACUUUUGACCGGUAGUGUUAAAAUGCUAUGGGAUGCAUUUUCUCCAUUGUUUUUGAUGGUAGGCCACUCCUGGUAGGCCUACAUUAUGAUCAAAUAGCCACAGUAGCCUAUAUGGCCACUGUUAAAACUGUAACUUAAAGGUGGUACAGCCUCAGUGUUAACAGUAAAUGCGCGCUGAAAGUUGCAAAGAAUUUUCACAAUGGUCAAGUUUUAGCUCAGCAGACCUGAAAUUUGCUCAGUGCCGGAAAAAAUUAGAGGGAACAUUGGAGACAACUACAAAAGAUUAGCCCUAUGAGCAGUAGAUACAUGAUGAUAGCAGUAGAUACAUGAUGAUAGCAGUAGAUACAUGAUGAUGUUUGAAGGCUUACAACAAAUGUCAGAACUCGGGAAUAAACAUUAGGACUGUUGUUGUUUACAGGGCAGCACUUUGAGGAAGAGGAAGAUGUACGAGGAGUUCCUCAGUAAAGUCUCCAUCUUAGGUAAGGCUCACUGUUUCUUCUCAUCUUUGACUUUUCCCCUGUAAUAAUAAUGAUUAUAGCAACUUGCAUACAGUGGCUUUCAAGACGCUGUUCAUUGCCGGAGGGGUUAACAACUCUACUUCCACCACCUAGCUGUACUGUACAGUGGCUUCCUUUUGGUUCUGUAUUGUGAUGUCACUUACGCCCCUGCCUCGUGACUCCACCCCCUCAGAGUCUCUGGACAAAUGGGAGCGUCUGACGGUGGCUGACUCUCUGGAGCCGGUGCAGUUUGAUGACGGACAGAAGAUCGUGGUGCAGGGAGAGCCUGGCGACGAGUUCUUCAUCAUACUGGAGGUAUGUACAUCACAUUAGAGUACCUCCCCGUUUCUUUUUUUUUUUUUUUCAAAACCUUUUCUCCCGACUGAACACUACCCUGAUGUUGGUGUUCUUUGUUCUGUAGGGUUCUGCAGCUGUGUUGCAGCGUCGCUCUGAGAACGAGGAGUUUGUGGAGGUUGGGAGGUUACAACCGUCUGACUACUUUGGUAAGAAGAACCUCCUCAGGCAUCAAUCAAUUUCAAUCAAUUUUAUUUUAUAUAGCCCUUCUUACAUCAGCUAAUAUCUCGAAGUGCUGUACAGAAACCCAGCCUAAAACCCCAAACAGCUAGUAAUGCAGGUGUAGAAGCACGGUGGCUAGGAAAAACUCCCUAGAAAGGCGAAAACCUAGGAAGAAACCUAGAGAGGAACCAGGCUAUGAGGCCUCUUCUUCUCAUCAAGUUUCUUUCUCGAUUCAUUUUGUUUAUAUAUGCACUAUAUAACCCUGAAUCUCACAUUUUUAAGGCGAUAUGAUAAAAGCACGAAGCUCUAACCUGAGUUGUGAAGCCUCACAUAUGGAGGUUAGAUUAGAAUAAAUGAACCAGAUUUGUGAUGCCUGUUUUGUAUUGACCAUGUAUGCCGUUCCUCCAGGUGAGAUUGCCCUGCUGAUGAACCGUCCCCGUGCUGCCACUGUGGUCGCCCGCGGUCCUUUGAAGUGUGUGAAGCUGGACCGACCACGGUUCGAACGUGUCCUGGGACCCUGCUCGGACAUUCUCAAACGCAACAUCCAACAGUACAACAGCUUCGUGUCACUGUCUGUCUGAGGGGUUUCCCCCACCCCCUGUAUCCCCCUACCCCCUAUUCUCCUGUGUAACACCAUAACACCCCCUGUGUAACCCCAUAACACCCCCUCCCCCCAAUCCCCUAAUCCCCUAUGUAACCCCAUCAACAGACCACCCCCUCCUCCCUGUACCCACCCACCCCCCUACCCUCAUCCCCUAUUAACCCAUAACCACCAGCCCCGCCCCCUGUACCCCCCCCUACCCUAAUCCUGUCCCCUAUGUAAACACCCCAUACGCUACCCCCUCCCCCUGUACCCCCCCCGACCCCAAUCCCCUAUGUACCCCAUAACAAACACCCACUCCCCCUGUACCCCCCCCUCCCCUAAUCCCCUAUGUAACCCCAUACCACCCCCUCCCCCUGACCCCCCCCUACCCCAAUCCCCUAUGUAACCCCAUACCACCCCCUCCCCCUGUACCCCCCCCUACCCUAAUCCCCUAUGUAACCCCAUACCACCCCCUCCCCCUGUACCCCCCCCCUACCCCAAUCCCCUAUGUAACCCCAUAACACCCCCUCCCGCUGUUGUACCCCCCCCUACCCCAAUCCCCUAUGUAACCCCAUAACACCCCUCCCCGUGUACCCACCCUAUCCCCUAAUCCCCUAUGUAACCCCAUAACACCCCCUCUUUUAAACCCAGGGUCCACCAAUGCAAUUUUGCUUCAAUGUUACUUCAUUUUAUCUUCCAUUUGCUUAGGCUUUUUUUUACUCAUAAAUGUUAUGCUACCCGUCACAGUCAUCUAUACGAGCACAGUUAUGUUACAGUUUAUGUUACAUGUACCUGCUUCAUAUGGUAUGCUUUCACUGCAUUCACUGAAAUCUAUAAUUGUUUUACUCUAGUUUAAACACGAGCAGUGAUUAGUAGGGGAUUGGCCGAGGUUAGGACAGGCCAAUGAUAAGAUGGGACAAUCAAAUGUAACAUGGUGAAGUAAGUAUCCAUGCUCAAUAUUGUUCAGAUAUUUUUGAACUAGUUUGGUUCCAAUAAAAAUGUGUCAAAGUUGACAUCCUCACAAAAUAAUUCAUCAAAUUUUACCUUUCAGAAUUAAAAGAAUGCUGGGAGCAUAAUGAUUAUGUAGCUUUCAUGCUAUGAUAAUCAAUGGUUAUCCUCCAUUGUUACAGUACAGUCAAUCGCAGACAUUUUUUCAUUUUCUCAUAUUGUUUCCAUUGAUUGGUCCAUCAAUCCAAUUCACUAUUAUUUUAUCUAGUUUGAGAGAGUUUGUACAACUUAAUGCAACCAGAAAGUUUUCUGUUGGACAGCUACCAAACUAGUGCCAAAUGUUGGUAAUUGUUUUCACAACUCAGAACCCAUAGAAGAUUCUCAUUCUGUCAGAAGCAGUGGAACUCAAAACAGGAAGUAUCUAUCGCCAUGUUAACACUCACCUCUGAUUGGUUGGUACAUUUUUGGCUACAAUAGGGGGGGAAAACAUGGAGUAUUAAAGUGUGUUUCAGUAUUCAGCAUUUUUCAGUAUACACCAAAUAACUUCAUCACUAUACUGCUAUGUUUUUUAAAAACAUAAUUAUUAUUACAUAGUUCUGACAAUUAUUAUCGAAGUUAUUGUUCUCUUUAUUGACUUAACGAACUAACGUUAUGGGUUGGAGUGAUGGUAAAGUUAAGUACGUUUAAAUGUCUUUUUGUAAAUGCUUAUUUUUCCAUAAAUUCUAUUUUAGGUGUUCAGUGCCACGGCGUAA